AUGAACUCUACAUACGACACAAAAGCAAAUUUGCUCAUCGCAAUGCAAAUUCUAGAUCUCUCUACCUUUUCAUCUACUUUAUCAGAUAUUGGGACAGAUAUAACUAUGUUUAUUGAUUCAGAAGGAUAUAAUAUAUUUCACGAUCUUGCAAAUUCCAACAUCCCCGAAAGCAAAGUUAUGGAUUUCCAAUUAGAAAUAGAAAACUGCGUCAAAGAAAAUUUCGGCGAUGAAAACUUUGAUAAAGAAGUCGAAAAAAUGUUGAAUGCACAAGAUUUUAAAGAGAAAAACACACCUUUGCAUUUCGCCAUCAGAAAGAAAAGAAGCAAGCUCUGUGCCAGGUUUUUACAGUUACGAGCUGAUAUUUUCAUGAAAAAUGCGCAGGGGCAUGGAGUUGUGCACUUGGCAGCUCAAUCCGGGAUGAUUCAGUUUAUAAUGAAUGCAGUGGUGAAUUUUAAAAUGAGGUUUAAUGAACCAGAUAUUUAUGGAAGAACCCCAAUGCAUUUGGCAGCCGAAAAUAGUCACGAGUUUGUUGUAGCUUUAUUGCUUUCACUAGGGCAAAAUGUUAAUGUAAAAGAUAAUAAAGGGAACACAGCACUACAUUUAGCUGCAACUUCUCAAAGCUAUACAGUUUCAAGAGUCCUCAUUAUGAAUUACGCAGAUAGGAAUAUUACAAAUAAAACUGGCCAUACAGCUUUGGACAUUGCUAAUCACUAUAAUGCAGUUGAGCUUUAUAAAAUCCUGAAGAAGCCAUUCCCUUUGAAAAAAUUGAAUCCCUUCGGAACAUCUUUAGAGCCAUCAAGAUACAACUACAAAGCAUUUAUUCUGUAUAUUGCUGCAUUAUUUGUACGCUAUAUUUUAUGAUUUAUUUAUAUGAGAGACAUUUCAGUGUCAUUUGAUAUAGUUUCAGGGGUUAUUUUUAUCUUUACAUUUAUUCUCUUUUCUAUGGUCCAUUAUUUUGACCCGGGUUAUAUUAAGCCUAAGCCUGGACAAGAUCUAAUUGUAAGUGAUAUAUAGAAACUCUAUGAAAAUUAUCACCCAGAAUAUGUUUGCCCAUUUUGCAAGGUUAAAAAAUCGCAGUCAGCAAGGCAUUGUCAGCAUUGUGGGAAAUGUGUAAAGAAGUAUGAUCAUCACUGUCCAUGGAUUAGGAAUUGUGUAGGGAAAAAGAAUUUUGUGCUAUUUUAUACAUUUAUUGUCUUUUGUAUAGGACUUUCCCAAGAAUUACCCCCAAAAAGAAUUAAAUCUGCUAGUACUGGCAGAGAUAAGAAUAAAUUGAUACUAUUGAUUUUUUAUAUCAAUUCUCAGUCUGUUUGGCAAUUUUUGCAUUAAAUGAAAAUGGUGAGGCAAACAUUUUGGACCUUGACGAUUAUGCAAAUAUGCGUGAUGCCUGCAUUGUGAACUGAGUGUUUAGCUUGAUAGGGCUUGUUUUGUCAACUCCUGUACUAUAUAUACAAAGCUUAAAUAUCAUACAAGGAAGAACCACAAGAGAAAGAUUUGGGUUCAAAACUGCAGCAAGGCUGUCAGAAAUUCAAACAGAAGACCCAAGAUACACUAUGACCUUGAGUGAUGCAGCUGCUGAAUCUCUGCUAAUGCCUGAUCUUGAUAGAAGAACUCCAAAUUAUAAAGAUGUAAAAGAAGAAAAUAAACUUUGCUGCUUUUCUUUUGAGAGAGAAGGAACGAGUUUGGUAAAGCUUAAUGAAACAAAUUAA